AUGAGUCUCCGCGCACUGUCGAAGGAUUGUGAGGAGGUUGAGGGGAGAUGUGAGAACCUCUCGCAGUCGUGUUCCACCCCAUUUAUUUACAAAAUUGGGCUCGUGUCGCCAGGGAGAGAUUUGUGGAAUAUGCUUUUAAAGAAACGGCGCCGUUUUUUUCUGCCGAGUGAGCGUCAAAAGAUGGAGCGGUAUGAAUCCGUCGACACAUAUGAACCAGCAACGAUAGUGUACAAGGAUCACUUGGAAAGCCGGAACCAAGAACCUCGCUGGUUCAUAUGGGUAUUUGUAUUUGGGUUAGGCAUUGCGUCGAGUGUCAUCGCUAUUGUGGUGGUUUCACUUUUGCAUGUACUGAACGGUAUACGGUACGAAUUGUUAGGCUUCGGGCUUCGAGGAUUUUCCUUUAACGAUUCAAAUCGAUAUGCGAUGACAAAUCGAACAGAUUUAGAUAUUGCUGCUCUCUUUGAAGGUGUUGGUGUUGGUUUAUACGGUAUUGAGCCGCGAUCCCUUAAAAAGGGGUAUUUAAUGUGGAUUUCUUUUAGCUUGGUGCUAUCUGUGAUCUCAAGUCUUAUAUGUCUCCUUGUCCCUGAGAGUAUUGGGUCUGGAUUACCGGAGGUGAUGGCAUACCUAAAUGGUGUUCACUACCCUAUGCUUGGUAGUUUUAGGGUGCUUCUUGCAAAGGUGAGUUUUAUCAUCUUCAGCGUCGCAAGUGGAGCAUGCACAGGACACUUUGGCACAAUUAUCCUAACGGGUGCCAUGCUUGGAGCACAGGCACUUCAACGACGGCGUUAUUUUCGCUGUGAUAGUGUACAUAUUAUUGAAUGUUUUCGCAACCCGCGUGAUCGCCGAGUUAUUACCGUGAUUGCAGCGGCAGCUGGAGUUGCUUCGGCCUUUGGUGUUUCCAUUGGUGGCCUGAUGGUUGUAGUCGAACUUAUCUCUACCAUUCUUCCUGUGCGGUUUGCAAUUUACGUCUUUGCUGCUUCGUUGGUAUCUUCUUUAACGCUACAAAUAUAUUUCUCAUUUUUUUCGUACUUUAGUCUUCGUGACCGUCAUUCCUACCCGCAUGGAGAAUUGAUAUCUGAGAUGGUGCAAUUCUUUGUCUCUUGCGUGUCUUUUGAGGAUUUGGUGCGAAUGCACAUUUUUUACUUUAUUCCGACAACUCUUAUUGGGCUCUUUUGCGGUGUACUUGCCAGUGUGUUUGUUCGGUUGAGUUCCUUCGCUCUGGGGCUUCGGCGUUGGUUGGAGCAGCGGCUGGAGACGAAAGCCGUCCGCUACGUUUUGCCUGUCCUGUUCACAGGAAUUUACGUCACCAUCCAUUUUUGGGUGGCCGCUGCGGUGGGCAGCGGUGGAUGGUCACCACCCGCUCCGUCACCUUCGGAGCCGCCAAGGAUUGGAAGUGACAGCAUACGGUUGCCUAUGUUGCAGCAAACCAUGAGCAACGAGUCCAAUCCCGCUGGGCUCCAUGGUGCGAUGGGUGGGCCAUGCGUUGCUGUUCCCUCCACCCUGCUUACCACCCUUAACGUGACAUCUAUCUCAUAUUACGGGGCGAAUGGAUUUUUUUGUUCCGCUCCCACUGCCGUGGAAGACCAGGUCCAUGAGGAGAGAUGGGGAAUGAAGCCAACACUGAGCGUGCUGCAUGCCUAUGCCUCGCUUGCCUUUGCCAAUGCCGACUCCGCGGUGCAAACUUUACUUAGUUGGCAUACGGAGGAGAUGUUGGGCGCACCUGUGCUUGUGAUUUUCUUGUCCAUUUAUUUUCUCGCCUCCGCCUUGUUUCUUGGCGUUUCACUUGGCGGUGAUACGCUGCUUCCGGGGCUUGUUAUUGGUGCUGCCGUUGGUAGACUGUUUGGAAUUGGCGUCCAUUACGCCGCGGUGUCGGUAGUAGGGGCUGAAGCGGCCUCGUCCUGGGCGGAUCCGGGAUGUUUUGCUCUUAUUGGCGCAGGCAGUUUUUUAGGCGGGACGACGGGUCUUACAUUCUCUAUUUGUACCAUUUUGAUGGAAAGCACAAGCGACUUUCAGCACCUUCUACCACUUAUGAUGGGCAUUACCAUCGCCAAGAAGACGGCAGAGUUAUUCACACAAAAUAUAAACACAAUCUUACUUCAAAUGCGGUGUGUGCCCAUGCUUGACUUUGAGAAUGAAGUUCACAAGUACCCCAUGUUUGACGCCCGACAUGUGAUGACAUCCCAUGUUGUGACAUUAGAGACGGUAUGUACCAUUGAGCAAAUUCUUUACGUGUUACGUAGCACUCGCCAUAACGCCUUCCCUAUUGAAAGUGUGCGUGAUCGGACAUACAAAGGGAUCAUUGUGCGUCAGCAACUGGAGAUUCUUCUUUGGCAUGUGUACUUCACACCACAUCCUUCCAUCUGCACCUACGAGCUUGGAAAAAAGGUUGAGGCACGCUUGUUUUACGAUAAAUUGUUGGGCACAUUGCCGCCCCUAGAAACACGGUUGGACGUUCGAAUUGAUCUUUCCCCAUACAUUGACCACUCUGGAUUUUGUGUGCUCGAUAAAACGACGCUUCCGCGGACCUACACAAUGUUUCGCACACUGGGACUGCGCCAUUUGACUGUCGUCAACCCCGAAAAUCGUAUCGUUGGAAUCAUUACACGGAAAGAUCUGGUGACGGAUCGCAUCAUUGAAGGCAUUUUCGCCGCUGAAGAGUCUCGUCGUGCGAUCAUAGAGGGAAAGAGCUUCGCGCUGCCCGACGGGGCACUCAUCACAGCAGGCGGCAGUGACAGUAAUAGUAUUAGUAGCAAUAAGAGGAUGGACAAGACGGAUGGGAACGCAUCGUAUUCGUCGAAUGUCUUGGAGAGUUCUGCGAGGAGGCAGCAAAUAGCGGGGAAGGAAUAUGAGUUUUACCGUACAGGGGAUUGGCUCGUUUUGGGAAGGUACGAUGGCGUGUGGGGUGACGUCGCGGAAGGAAUAGAAGGGUUGAUGCAUCCCAGUGCAUCGACGGUAGCUGCCAUCCGUGCACAGGCUGCUACACGAAGAGCCUCUUUUGUUCAAGAACCGGAUGCUGGCGGCCCCAACGAGGUGAAUCCCAGGCAUGUGGCCAAAAGGGAGUCCAUAUCUUUGUUAGAUUGUUUGCCCGACGUCAUUCAGACAAGAAAGACUCCAUGA